UGUGGAAAAGCUACAACACUUGAAUCAGUAAAAAUGGUUGCAUUCUCACAAGCCAGCUCUCGAAAGCCCAACUUUGAUCGCCUCUCCAUCUUUCUUGCCGGAGCCGUCUCGGCCUUCUCGGUCGUCUUCUUAUUCUCUACUUUUGAUUUAAUCCGUAUGGUCUCUCAACAAAAGCCCUGUAACCAGCCCGAAUCACCUUUAGACCUUCAAUUCGACCCGCUUAUCUCAAGUUUCUACGAUGACCCAAGUUUUGGCUACACAAUGAACAAAUCGAUAAAAAAUUGGGACGAAAAACGACACGCUUGGCUCAAACUGCACCCGUCGUUUGAGCCCAAGUCGCAAGAACGAGUGUUUAUAGUAACCGGGUCACAACCUGCCCCAUGUAGUAACCCGGCAGGAGACCAUUUCUUACUAAGGUCCUUUCGUAACAAAGUAGAUUAUUGUCGUAUACAUAAUUACGAUAUAUUUUACAAUAAUGUGUUACUUGACCCAAAUAUGCGGUUUGGUUGGGGAAAAAUACCAGCAGUUCGAGCCGCAAUGAUGGCUCAUCCGGAAGCCGAGUGGAUUUGGUGGCUCGAUGAAGACACGGUGAUUACCGAUAUCGAGUUUAAGCUACCGUUAUAUCGGUAUAAAGAUUAUAAUUUUAUUGUUCAUGGUUGGCCUAAAGAAGUUUAUGAGAAAAGAAGUUGGGUCGGGUUAAAUGCUGGGUCAAUUCUGAUUAGAAACAGUCAGUGGUCACUUGAAUUUUUGGAGAAAUGGACCGAUAUGGGCCCAAGUUCUCCAAAUUUCGAUAAAUGGGAAAGAAUUUUGUUAAAAGUUUUUAGGCACAAGUCUACUGAUCAGACCGCGUUAGCUUAUUUACUGUAUGUGGAACAUAUAAAAUGGUCAUGGUAUGGGAAAAAAAUGUUUAUAGAGACUAGAUAUUACUUAGAAGGGUACUGGGUCGAUAUCGUUGAUACGUUAACGAAUAUAACAUAUACGUAUUUGGAAAUCGAGAACAAGCCAGGAAUGAGGAUGUUACGACGAAGGCAUGCCGAGAAGGUGAGUGAGGGAUAUGGAAUGUUACGCGAAGCCUUGUUGAAAGACGCGGGUUAUGAUGAGUUUGGAAGAUGGAGGAGGCCAUUUGUGACUCAUUUCGCGGGUUGUCAACCGUGUAAUGGGAAACAUAACGUGUCCUUUACUAGAGAUCGUUGUCGCGAUGCCAUGAACAAGGCUUUGAGCUUUGCUGACGAUCAAAUGCUGCGGAAUUAUGGGUUUGUUCACCGGGAUUUAUAUGAUUCGUCUGUUGUUUCGCCUUUGUCAUCAAUUUGAUUAUCCUUCAUAUGAUUAAUAGAAUAUAGCUUAUGAUAUUUUCGUAUUAAUUACUCGUCUUUCGC